UAUCACUCGUCUGACAUCCAACCGUGAGGUCUAUCUCCCUCGCCGAUAUGUAGACACGACUGACUCACACCCCUCCUUCAGACCAGUAUGGAAUUUCAACAAGUUCUACGAGACAGACCCUCUCCCAGGCUAUAUCAUCAUCGCACCUCGAGGCACUGACUCUGUACCAAGUGCGCAGGAGGGUCCUAUGAUCUUUGACCCGUAUGGAGAGCUCGUAUGGUCAGGUGCCAAUAUCUCUGGUCAGACGCUAUCGUACAACAUAUUCACCUACAAUGGCAGCCAAGUCAUUGGCGUGUGGACCGGUCAAUUCGAAGGGUCAGGGUACGGUAUGGGGUACGAUCUCGUUUUGGAUACUGCGUACAACACGGUGGCGACGAUCAACUCAACGCUUGGUUCCCCGACCGACUUUCACGAGCUCAGCAUCACUCCCGAUGGAACGGCUCUCGUCACCGUUUACGACAAGGUGCCUUACAAUCUCUCGUCCUAUGGAGUGGUCACGGAUGAUCCAGCUGGAGGCGCCAUCCUUCAGGGUCAAUUCGAAGAGAUUGACAUCGCGACUGGCAAGGGCAUUUUCAACUGGAGCUCUUUGGAUCAUGUCGAUCCCAGUAUGAGCUAUGCCGACCCUGGCACGACGGGAACUGACAUGAGCAAUGCUUGGGACUACUUCCACAUCAACUCCAUCGACAAGGACGGCGAUGGCAACUAUCUCGUCUCGUCGAGACACUGUCACGCAAUCUAUAAGAUCGACAAGACGGAUGGACAUAUCAUCUGGACGUUGAACGGCAAGAACUCUUCGUUUGCCUUGGGUAAUAACACGGCAUUCUCAUGGCAACACGAUGCGAGAUGGCGUACCGACUAUACUCAGAUGAGUAUCUUUGACAAUGCCGCCACCGCGUUCGAGUCGGACGCCGCUUCUUCUCGAGGGCUCCUCUUGAAUAUUGAUCAAUCCAACAUGACUGCCUCAUUUGCUCUAGAGACCUACCCUUACAACUACACCACUUCCGACAGCCAGGGAUCCAUGAUCCUGCAGCCCAACGGAAACUGGCUCAUGGGCUGGGGACAACAACCCUAUGUCUCCGAGUACGACCCUUCGGGCAACAUGCUCUGGUCAUUCCAAUUUGGUCUAGGUACCACUCAGUCCUACCGUGCUUUCCGAUCCAACUGGACAGCAUACCCAACGACGAGUCCCAAUAUCUCUGUCGAGAGCAACUCUUCGUCCAACGCUUAUGACGUUUACGUUUCCUGGAACGGAGCGACCGAGGUACAAAUGUACCACCUUUACCACUCUUCGUCUACCGACGGAAAGGGGCUCAACUGGCUCCAGACAGCCAACAAGACUGGUUUCGAGACUUGGCUCAGCGUGCCCAUGUCUUCUGCUGCUCAGAGCGAUUACUUUCAAAUUGUCGCGGCAAACAGUGCCAACAAGACGCUUGGCUACACCGACUUCAUGUCGACUGACGGAACCACCAGAUCCCCAGCAACAUCUUCCGAGUCCAGCUCUGUCGUCAGUCAAUCACCAUCUCAAACUUCAUCUGUUUCUCCGUCUUCCUCUUCGUCUAGUACGAAGACCGGAGCGGCCUCCAAACGAUCAUUCUUGUCUGCAUGGACUCGUUCUGGCUUGACAUUCGGCGUACUUGUUGUAGGCAUGAUCAUGGGAUCAGCAGCGGUCCUCUGAUAGAGCUUCUCGUAUGGACAUUGCAUAUAUAACGAUUUGUCGCGCACACACACACACACCCACACACGGAUUCAUGCAUGAUGUUUGACACG